AUGACAUCCAAUCUGAAGGAAGAGAAGGACGCUCUCAACCAGCAGAUCAUGGAGCAGUCGCAGGAGCUGGAAGACCAGCUGCGCCGGCGCGCGGCGGAGAGCCAGGAGCUGCUGUGCCAGCUGGAGGGGGAGAGGGCUCGCUACCAGAACCUGGUGAAGGAGCGCGCCCGCCUGGAGCAGUGCUGCGAGAACCUGCAGGAUGAGGUGGCCUUCCAGAAGCAGAACAUUGCGGAGAUCCUGGGGUUGAACAGGAGCCCGGAGAAGAUGGUGGAGGAAGACUCCAUGAUGGAGGAAGACUUGAAAUAUGGGUAUGAUGCUGCCCGGGUCUCCAAUAAGCUACUCGAGAGCCAGCUGCAGGAGCAGCAGCAGGAGCUGGAAGGUCUCCGCCUGGACGCCUGCUCCCUGAAGCAGCUGAGCAAGCAGCAGCAGAGCCUGAUCCAGGACCUGCAACUGCAGCAGGAGGAGGGCGGGCUCCAGCACCAGCUCGUCCAGCUGAAGAGAGAGAACCUGGAUCUGAAGGGUCAGCUGGAGAGGCAGGAGAAGAACAUGCUCAAGCUUCAGAAGCAGCUGCAAACCAACAUGAAGCAAAUCCAGGAUCUCACAGCAAGCGGAGAGGCCCGGUUGCUGGAGCAGAAGGUGAAGGUGGAAGAGAUGGAAAGGCCCUUCGAUGUCCCGUGCCCAGCGGGGGCAUUCGGGGGCAUGCUGGGGUGCAAAGCAGAGGAUGAAGGGCGCCUCAUCAGGACCAUCAUCACAGAUUUCAAACCGCAGCACAGCCCCGGCGCCCUCCCCACGCUGCCGGCCUACGUCCUGUUCAUGUGCUUCCGGUACGCGGACUCCGGCCACGACGAGCACGGGAUCCGCUCGCUCUUCGCCGCCGUCGUCAGCGGCAUCAAGCAGGUGGUGAAGAAGCACAGCGAGGACUUCGGCGUGGUGGCGCUCUGGCUCGCCAACACCUGCUGCCUCACCAACUGCCUGAGACAGUACGGCGGGGACCAGAGCUACCGGCUGGCCAACACCCCCAAGCAGAACCAGCACUGCCUGGGGAACUUCGACCUUGCCAGCCACUGCCAGAGCCUGGGUGACCUGGCCAUCCAGAUCUACCAGCAGCUGAUCUGCAUGGCUCAGAAAAAACUGAAGCCCAUGAUUGUCGCCGCCAUGCUGGAGGGCAAGACCAUCCUGGGCUUGUCGUGGGCCAGAUCCACCAGUUACCGCAAGCAGCCGGCGGCUCCCGCCUACACACUGGACUCGCUCCUCCAGCAGCUCAGCUCCUUCCACGAGGAGCUGGGGAGGCACCAGCUGGAGCCCGUGGUCGUGGGCCAGGCCUUCCGGCAGCUCCUCUUCACCAUCAGCAGCAUGGCCCUCAACUACCUGCUCCUCAGGAGCAACGCCUGUUCCUGGAGCCAGGGCAUCCUGCUCAGCUGCAACGUGAGUCAGCUGGAGGAGUGGCUGCGGGCCAAGGGCCUCCAGCAGAGCGGCGCCAUGGAGGUCCUGCAGCCCCUCAUCCAGGCCGCCCAGCUGCUGCAGGUGAAGAAGACGACGCAGGAAGAUGCUGAGGCCAUCUGCUGCCUGUGCACGGCGCUGACCACUCCGCAGAUCGUGAAGAUCCUGCAGGCCUACACGCCCGCCGCCGGGCUGGAGGAGCACGUCAGCCCCAGCUUCAUAAGCAGCGUAGAGAACCGGCUGGCGGAGCGAACUCCAGCUGGCCCCUGCCAGCUGCUGGUGGACACGGCUCACCUGUUCCCCGUGCACCUGCCCUUCUCCUGCUCUCCCGUGCAGCUGGAUGAGCUCUGCAUCCCUGACAGCAUUAACCUGACCUUCCUGACCCGGGUCUGAGUGCCGCCGCAGCGAUGCUCCUGGGGAAGAUGCGGUCUCACAACCGUGUGCAGGGUACUGGCUGCCGUGCCCUAGACAUACCCUUUUUCCUUGGAAAGGAGCCAGCGGCUCAGGCUGAAAUUUCAGGGUGCUGGCAUGAGGCUACAGCUCCAGAAACGGCCCCUUCUAAAAUUCAAAACUCGGGCAGGAAUUUCCUCUCGGAAACGUCCGCUUGCCCAGCUCUGCCGCAUGCCCGGCACGUCCCUCCCUGCUCGGAGCCCGAGGGCUGUUUGCAACGGGCCCUCGGGGAAUGCUGUGCAGGGGGGGUAAAGGUGCUUCCCUCACACGCCCGGGUCUGCACGCCAUAGCCGAGCGGGGCAAUGCGGGGCGCCCGUGCUGUGGGCUGCGCCAUCGCUGACUGACCCACCUCCUCUGAAACUGCAGUGCUCCCUGGCGGUGUGGGGGGGCGGGUUUACGGCACAUGGGGCAGCAUCUGAGCACUUGGGAGCAGGUUUAAAAGCAUGUCCUGAGUGUGGCUGGCUGGGCAGGGAGUCCCCACUGCUGCUGAGUGAGGAAGCAGCUGCCAGGUGGAGCCAGGUUAGGGGGCUUGUCCUCCUUGCUGCAGGCGGCUGCUCUUGACCCAGUACCCACUGGGCAUCCAUGGGUGUCUCUGGGGGGUGCUGUUCCUGCCCCCUCAGCUGCUAGGGCCUGGGGGAGAGAAGCCAGGCCUGGGGGCUGCCUGCCCAGCAGCUGGGGGUGGGAGAGGAGCUCUCUUCAUGUGGCCUGUGUUCAGUGAAACGCCUUUUAAAAAU